CAUCGCACUCGCACCACGCUCGCGGCUCUGCUUCGUUUUCGGCGUCGUUUUUUUUUUCCUUCUCCCGUGUCGCGGCCGGCGGCACCCUCCCCAAUCCCAUCGCCAUCCGCCCAUCCAGACCCCGGGCGGCACCCCGCGGCAGCAGGCAGCGACGCAGCGUCGCGGCUCCCGCACCGCACCUCCACGGCUUGGCCAAGGUGCCCAGGCGGCAGGGGCGAGGGGCGGAUCCGCCGCGGCGCCAUUGCCAGGCAGUGCUGGUCCACCCGGAUCCACGCCAUCCGCCUGCAGCUACCCGUGUUCGCGCGCCGUCAAGGCGGAUUCAGCCUCCACGCCCCCUUGCUCUAUUUAACGCUAGUAUAAGCGCCGCCGCCGCCGCCGCCGCCCUCCGUCGGUAGAUCCGCCACUGCGGGUAGGAGUCUGCCGUUUCUAAAAAAACCCAGUCUUUCCUGCCUUGCUCCGCGGCCGAGAUCGAUAGGUUUCCAGAUCUAAGACCCCCUCCUCUGGCCGAGAGAUCGCGCAGCUACUAGGGGAAACACCCAAGAAAAGAUUUUUGUGGGGUGACGGAGCAGGAAGAAGAAGGUAUUGGAGAAGACAAUGGUACAGAAAUGGUCUUCAUGAUGAAGCGGGCGAUGGGGCACUGGCGGAGAUAAGGGAUGCUAUCGGCUGUGAUGGAUUACUUGAGAUCUUGCUGGGGACCUGCAUCGCCGGCCGGGCGCCCCCGCAGAGGAUCAGACACCGCCGGCCGCCAGGACGGGCUCCUGUGGUACAAGGAUGGUGGGCAGCUCGUCAACGGUGAGUUCUCCAUGGCCGUGGUCCAGGCUAAUAACCUGCUGGAGGACCAUAGCCAGGUGGAAUCGGGGCCGCUGAGCGCAACGGACCCUGGCCUCCAAGGCACCUUCGUCGGCGUCUAUGAUGGGCACGGUGGCCCGGAGACGGCACGUUACAUCAAUGAUCAUCUCUUCAACCACCUGAGGAGAUUUGCAUCUGAGCACAAGUGCAUGUCAGCGGAUGUGAUUCGGAAGGCUUUCCGAGCGACUGAGGAGGGGUUCAUUUCUUUAGUUAGUAGCCAAUGGUCAUUGAGACCUCAAUUAGCAGCGGUUGGCUCUUGCUGUCUAGUUGGCGUGGUUUGCAGUGGAACUCUAUAUGUUGCAAGCCUUGGAGAUUCCCGUGCUGUUCUUGGGAGACUUGUCAAGGGAACUGGAGAGGUUUUGGCAAUGCAGCUCUCAGCGGAACACAAUGCAUCCUAUGAGGAGGUUAGACGAGAGCUGCAGGCAUCACAUCCUGAUGAUCCCCAUAUUGUGGUCCUAAAGCACAACGUUUGGCGUGUUAAGGGUAUCAUCCAGAUAACAAGGUCAAUUGGAGAUGUAUAUCUGAAGAAACCAGAGUUCAAUAGAGAACCUUUGCACAACAAGUUUCGCAUCCAGGGAACUUUCAGGAGACCACUCCUUAGUUCUGAUCCAGCAAUUACUGUACAUCAAAUACAGCCAACUGAUAGGUUCAUCAUUUUUGCAUCUGAUGGACUCUGGGAGCAUCUUAGUAAUCAGGAAGCAGUUGACAUGGUUCAGAGUAGCCCUCGAAAUGGAAUCGCUCGAAGAUUAGUAAAGGCCGCAAUGCAGGAAGCUGCGAAGAAGAGGGAGAUGAGGUAUUCAGACCUCAAGAAAAUUGACCGUGGGGUGAGGCGACACUUCCACGAUGAUAUAACUGUCAUCGUGGUCUUUUUUGAUUCAAAUGCCAUGACAACUGCUGCCUGGAGCAGACCCUCGGUCUCUCUCCGAGGGGGUGGUGUUCCAAUCCCUUCGAACACCCUUGCUCUGUUGUCAGUUCCCACAGAGCUAAACAGCUCUUACUGAAACCAUACUGGAGGUGAAGGGGCCAGGCAAGAAGAUUAAAAAAAGUAAAGGAAAAGGUAAAAGAAAAAGAAAGAAAGAAAGCAGCAGUUGUGAUCAGCUGUAGUGUAUUUUGUCGUAUGCGUUCUUGUAAAACCUUUUUUAGAUUCUCAACCUGGUGACAAAGCGUACUGAUAGCAAGGUAUAAGAUUAGAUUAUUCUUAGCUUUUUUUUUUUCUCUUUUUUCUUACCCUUUAGAUUCACUCAUGGGAUAUCAGGUGGCUGUACAUUCUCUGGAUCAACUUGUGAUAAUAGUUCAUUCGCCCUUUUGUGCAGUAAAAUGUUCAUCAUGCCAUCCCAA